AUGACAAGCACUACACCCAGUAAAAAGUAUCGCUUUACGCGCGAGGAUUUCAAGCCACUAGUGACCAAACCACUUCAUUUUGAUAUGGUGUUUGAUAUCACGGAAGCCAAGGUGAAGGUAACACUACAAACGACACUCAAGCACGAUGGGAUCGAACCACUCUCGGAGCUUAAACUUAACUCAAAGGAACUGGAGAUUUUAUCCGUGGAGCAGUUUAACACAUUUAAACCAUUGGGUAACACAAAUGACUUUGUAGCGCAUGUUCAGAGCUUUGCGGAGCCUUUUGAGCUCAAGUUUAUAGUAGACAAAGAAGACCAUUUUCUUGUCAUCAAGUUUGCCAACCCGAUACAAUUUGGAGAAGAAGUUGUGAUCCGUACAGUCUCAGUGGCGACCCCAACUGAGAAUAUUCUGGAAGGUCUGUACUUUGAUUACACGCCUGAGGGCGCACCCAAGACCAUCAUCACUCAGUGUCAGCAGCAUGGAUUCCAACGCAUUGUACCGUGCAUUGACACGAUGGAUGCCAAGGCCUAUUAUACUACCACCAUUGUCGCAGAUACGCGCUACACGAACAUUAUUACGAAUGGAGACUUGGCACCCGGAUUCUAUACAAAUGCCGGUGUGCCCGUCUUCCAUCCGGCAGAGGAAGUACUAGGCGUGGACGAUCCAUCUCGCCAUGUGCUCAAGUACUACAAUCACAAGGUGAACAUGGCACCGUACUUGUUCUUUUUGAGUGUAGGCACUUAUGAGACGUUUCGACGCACCCUUGAGUUUCCAGAUGGAGAUACAACGCUGUUGGAGAUCCUGGUGUUCCCGGACUACUUUGAGCCGGCAGACGCCAAGGCUGCUGUCAAGAUGUUGCACGACUCCGUGCUGUGGGUGAUGGUGAGUCUGGGACCAGAGGCUUGCGAACACCAUGAUGAGCGCAAGCGUAUUUAUGAGCUGCUGGAAGAGCGCGAAACUCUUAAGGCUAAAGAAGGCGAACUGUGCCGUGGUUCGAACGAGGAGGAUGUGAAAACGCCACUGAGUGAUGCUGAUGCUGCACGUCUGGCAGCUGUUCGCGCGGAGCUGAAGGAGCUGCUCAAGGCAUGGAAGAAAACCGGAUACAAGUACACUGGUGCGGUGUACCGCGAGAUUGCCAUGGAGAACUCGUACUAUGGUGGCAUGGAGAACGUUGGUAACACCACUAUUGUAAGUUCAUGUCUGUGUCCCAGUUGCCGCAUGGAUGACAAGUCAUACGAGUAUAUGGAGCACGUGAAGGUUCACGAGUACUACCACAACAUCAAUGGCAGCCAGGUUACUGGCCAGUCGCCAUUUGAGAUAUGGCUGAACGAGGCUGUCACAGUACACAUGGAGCGCAAGCGUGCUGCGACCAUUUUCGGCGAGGACUACAGUCGUUUGAGCGAAGUGCUGUACAUGUUCACCCCAGCUAUCGGACCGCUUGCCCAAGACAAGUCAGCGACAUCUUUGUCUGUCGAACCCCAGGGUUUCAAUCAGACACAAGAGCUUGUUUCUGUUGUGACGUACUCAAAAGCUCCUGAGUUUGUUCGCAUGGUGGAGCUGCUUUUGGGCGAAAAUGUUUUUCACAAAGCCCUUGAUAUGUACCACACAAAGUACGCGUUUGGCAAUGCCACGAGUAUGGAGUGGAUCAAGUGCAUGGAAGAAUGCUCAGGACUAAACCUACAAAACCUGGCAAAGACAUGGCUGAACCGCCCAGGUUAUCCUGAGGUUACGUAUUUAACGGAAUACAAGGCUGCUUCGAGGGAGUAUGUUGUGGAGAUUUCGCAGACAGGUUUCGAGGAUAAGCCAGCUGGAAACAAUGGUCCUUGGGAAAUUCCGAUCGACUGGUCACUCGUUAUGGAUGGUAAGUCGAUCAAGAAAGGCGUGUUCCUCAUGAAAACGAAGGACGCCAAGCUGGUGAUUCCGGAUGUAGCGGAGGAACCGGAUUUCCUGUCUUUUGCUCGUGGAUGGUCCUUUUUCGGCAAGUCGAAGCAGACAAACCCGUCGGUAGCGCGGCUCACGAAGCAAGCGCUAUCUGACCCGGAUGCUGUGAACAAGUAUCAGGCCUACCGCAGCGUAGCAGAUAUUGAAAAGGCGAAGGUAAUUGAAGGACUGCUGAACGGCAACAAGCAGGUGGAAAUUUCGCUUGAAUUUGUAGAACUGCACGGCUCAAUCCUCUUCUCAGACGAGCUUACUCCGUCUGCACGUGCAUUGACUCUGGUCGAAGCCAAAACUAUCCCGAGUCGCGAUGACCUAAGCCACCACUAUGCUGCAAUAAAGGAGGCGACCACAGCCUUGCUGCAGGCAGUGUGGGUUAAGUACUCGGCAAAAAUCGAGGCCGCCUACAAAAAACUGUGCGACGCGGCUCGUCCUGGCCCACAUGUGGAGCAGUUUCAGGAGCGUGCUCUCAAGCGCCAUCUACUGCUGCUUAUUGUAGCUGGUGGGAAGUCUUCCGUGCUCAGUACGGUGCCUAAAGUGGCACCAACAGUAGCACCAUCCAAUCUGGCACUGGACCUGCUCAAAAAAUCUACCUUUGUGACGGAUCAGAUCACUGGUUUCCGUGUUGUCCUAGAAGACGAAAGCUUUGCAGAGCGCACGAAGGUGCAGGAAGAGAUUUUCGUAGAGUGGCGCAAGACACCUGAUAUGUUGACUAAGUAUAUCGGUAUCGUGAGCAGCUUGGAUUCGAAGGACGUGGGCAAACAGAUAUUGAAGCUUCUGGCAAGCCCAAGCUUUAACCCAACUCAGUCCAGCCAUGGCCGGACGCUGUCACGCUGUUUGUCACAAAUCCGUGAUUUCUCGUUGGCCACGGAUGAGGGUCUUGACGUGAUGGUGCAGGCGUUUGUUAAGAUUGGCAAGGUCAACCAAAUGUCUGCAUACCCUUUGCUGCAGUGCUUCGACCACCUCGACCGUUUUGAUGAAGCGACAAAGUCAAAAAUGUUUGCAACGCUGCAGCGCAUGCAGGAUUCGAUCGACAAGAAGAGGGAGGAGUCGCUUUACAACCAGCUUAACAUCAUCCUAGAAAAGAAGCAGUAA